AUGUCCGGAAGAUUAAAUGUCCAAGGUGCCGGCUCUCCUGCCAAAAAAGCGUCCAAAUUCGAGCAAUUUAGACAGACCCCAGCGUUUCCCGUUUUGGUCAACUUAAGUCUCUUCGUGGGCGGCGUUGCGUUUAUCCAGUCGCCUUUGAUGGACAUGAUGGCUCCCCAGCUUUGA